CUCUGUGUGAAUUGGGUUGCAGUGACUGUGGAAUUUGUGACGCUGCUGGGCGUUGGGUGCCCUGAGUCCUUUCCCUUUCCGCUUAAGGGCUGCACAGAUCUCUCGGCCCAGAAUGGCUCCGAGUUAGAUGUAUGAACCCCGGAGUGAAGGCCCCCAACAAAAAGACGCAGUCUCGAGAACUGCUGCUCUCAGAACCACAGCUUAAUCGGAGCUCCCUGUAAGGAAACUCGGAGACGGACUCCAGACGUGGUCUUUGUACUUGGCCUCUCUCCCCUUUCUCUGAAGGCUGAGCUUUACCCCUGGCUCCCUCUUCAUUUCCAUCGGGUUCUGUGCGUGGUGGAUGGUGGGAGCAAGUGGGAGAGCGGGGGUGUGUUCUGAGUUAGCCAGGCCGGGCCGAGUUCCAAGAAAGGCUCAAUGUCUCAGGAUUCCCGUCUCCCCGCCCGCCCCCAUCCUGCUGAUCAUUAGGAAGGAGAGAAAAAGGAGGAAAUAACCAUUUUUAGCUGUAUAUCUAUUUGUCUAUGUAAAGUAUAUCAGGACGAAUUUGUGUUUCUUUGUUCCGUGAAAUGUAACUUUUCUUUUUCUGUGCAUGGUUUGAAACCUUUGCGUCUCCGGGGAAGGAAUGAAAUUCAGUGCGGACUGAAAAGUGAAAAAGCAUUUGCGUGAAUCAGGCUGGGAGACAGGAGACGGAUAAAGCCAGCUGGAAAAGAGAACGUAUUAUUUCAUCCAGCAACUGUGAAAUGCGAUAACAACUCUCUCUUUGAGAGAUUACAGCUGUUUUACCAAUCUGGCUUAUCUGGACUUUGCGGUUCUCCAACAGAGAAAUCUUGAAAAGGACUGACCAGUUCUUGCAUUUUGAAACCAUGGCCCAUGGUUCAGUGACAUUCAGGGAUGUGGCCAUAGACUUCUCACAAGAAGAAUGGGAAUUUCUGGACUCGGCUCAGAGAGACUUAUAUAGGGAUGUGAUGUGGGAGAAUUAUAGUAAUUUCAUCUCACUAGCAGAACCUUCCAUUUCUAAACCAGAUGUGAUUGAAGGGAAGGAGCCCUGGAUGGUUGUAAGGGAAGGGACCAGAAGACAUUGCCCUGAUUUGGAGUCCAGAUACAGGACCAAUACUUUAUCUCCAGAAAAGGACAUUUAUGAAAUAUAUUCAUUCCAGUGGGAGAUAAUGGAAAGAAUUAAAAGUUAUAGUCUUCAGGACUCCCUUUUCAGAAAUGAUUGGGAAUGCAAAAGCAAGAUUGAGGGGCAAAAGGAACCACAAGAGGGAUAUUUUGGGCAAGUGAAAAUAACUUCUGAAAAAAUGACCACUUACAAAAAGCAUAAUUUUCUUGCUGAAUAUCAGAGAAUUCGUAAUGGGGAAAAGCUGUAUGAGUGUAAGGAAUGUAGGAAGACCUUCAUUCGUCGCUCAACACUCAGUCAACACCUGAGAAUCCACACUGGUGAGAAGCCCUAUAAAUGUAAGGAGUGUGGGCAGGCGUUUAGACAGCGUGCACACCUCAUUCGACAUCACAAGCUUCACACUGGUGAGAAGCCCUACGAAUGUAAGGAGUGUGGGAAGGCCUUCACAGUGCUCCAAGAACUUACUCAACAUCAGAGACUUCACACUGGUGAGAAGCCCUACGAAUGUAAGGAGUGUGGGAAGGCCUUCAGAGUGCAUCAGCAACUGGCCCGGCAUCAGAGAAUUCACACUGGUGAGAAACCCUAUGAAUGUAAGGCCUGUGGGAAGACCUUCAGGCAGUGUACACACCUUACUCGACACCAGAGACUUCAUACUGCUGAGAAGCUCUAUGAAUGUAAGGAAUGUGGGAAGGCCUUUGUAUGUGGUCCAGACCUUAGAGUACAUCAGAAAAUUCAUUUUGGUGAGAAACCUUAUGAAUGUAAGGAAUGUGGAAAGGCUUUUAGAAUAUGCCAACAACUUACUGUCCAUCAGAGUAUUCACACUGGGGAGAAACCCUAUGAAUGCAAGGAGUGUGGGAAGACUUUUAGACUAAGGCAGCAACUUGUUCGCCACCAGAGAAUUCAUACUCGUGAGAAACCCUAUGAGUGUAUGGAAUGCUGGAAGACCUUUAGUAGUUACUCACAACUUAUUUCCCAUCAGAGCAUUCAUAUUGGUGAGAGACCAUAUGAAUGUGAAGAAUGUGGGAAGGCCUUUAGACUGCUCUCACAACUUACCCAACAUCAGAGUAUUCACACUGGUGAGAAACCUUAUGAAUGCAAGGAAUGUAGAAAACCUUUCAGACUGCUCUCACAGCUUACUCAGCAUCAGAGUAUUCAUACUGGUGAGAAACCUUAUGACUGUAAGGAGUGUGGGAAGGCCUUUAGACUUUAUUCAUUUCUUACUCAACACCAGAGAAUUCAUACUGGAGAGAAACCCUACAUAUGUAAGGAAUGUAAGAAGGCCUUUAGACAGCAUUCACACCUUACUCAACAUCAGAAAAUUCAUAAUGGAAUUUAAAAACAAGGCCUUCAAUUGUACAUUAUGUUACAGAAUAUCAGGAAAUUCAUUUUUGAGAACUUUGUUUCAUGCUUUAAGCAUAAUUUUAUAUUAUUGGAAAAAAUACUGCUUUAAAAGUCUUCCAUCACCAUUCAGACAUUGUUUAUCUUUGGCAAAUUCAUUUGAGGGAAUAAUAUAAUGAAUGUAGGGAAAACUUUAGCCUUAUCUAACAUUAUCCCCAUUUCACUACUUUAUUACCAGUGUGUUAUUGGACAAGGUACUUAAACUUCUGUGCCUCAUUUUGCUCACUUGUAAAAUGGUGAUAAUAGUACCUAUGUAUAAUAGUUAUUUAUUGCUGUGUAAUAAACUACCACAAACUUAGUAGCUUAAAAUAAGAUCUCACAGUUUCUCUGGGUCAGGUGUCUGGACAUGACGUAGUUGGGCCCUCCUUUGGGGUCUCUCACAAAGCUAAACUAAGGGUCUCAGCCAGGGUGGGUCUCAUCUGAAGGCUUAACAGGGAAAGGGAUCCACUUUCAACCUCGCCUGGUUGUUGGCUGUUGCACUGAGGCCCACAGUUUCUAGUUGGCUGUUGGUUGAAGGCUGACCUUAGCUCCAUGCCACGUGGGCUUUUUCAAAUGGCUGCAGCAGAGCCUGCUAGCAUCACAGAAGCUAUAAUCUUAUGUGAUCUAAUCACCAAAAUAACGUCUUUGCUGUCCUCUACUGGUAGAACCAAGUCACUGGGCCACCCCACACUCAAGGGUAGCGAUUAUCGAAGAUUACACAAGAUGAAUACCAUGAUGUAGGAACCAUUUCAGAGUCAGCCUGCCACACUGUGUGACAGGAUUGUCUUGAGGAUUAAGUAGUUAAUGCUUGGAAAAAUAGCAGCCACAUAGCAUGUUUUCUAGAAAUAUUCUCUACAAUUGUUAUUAGUGUUAGUGAAUUCAUAUGAAAGAAUAUACUAUAGAAGUAGUAAAUGUAGAAAUGCCUCGCGUCACUGCUCAGCACUUAAUUAAACUUAAGAUAAUUUAUUCCAGAUAAAAUCUAGGAGGUUAUAUUAAAUGUGAGAAGUUCUUCAUCAUUUGAGCAUUUGAGCUGCAUCAGUAAUUUCAUGCUGAAAAGAAACCUUGUAAAUUCCAUGAAGGUGAGGUUGAGUACAACUGUUGAAGAAUCAGAAAAAUACGGAAUCAGUUUUCCCGUAAUAAAUUCCAAAAAAUAAAUGUUCUGCAAUCCCUGUUGCCGAUCACUGUUAAAGAUGAAUUAGAAACUAUUAAAAAGAUAACCGAAAGGAAACUAACCAAUUGGAAGUUUAGUAUUAUGUAUGUGCGUGUGCGCGUGUGUGUAUGUAACACUCUUGUAGAAAAGAAAAAACAUUGCUUUAUAGACAUUAUACUGUUUGAUGUUCAAGUUGCCCCAUCUUCAGCCAGUGGGAGUGGGGUCUUUUGACGUGAGCCCCAAGUGGUUUGAUGGUUUACUUGGUCAGAGCUACACAGUUUGGUCAGCAUGGAAGAUAGUUGGGCACCAGCUCAUCCUGAAAACUGAUAAGAAGAAAAAUAAGCACUUUGCUUUUUCCAUGUAAACCAAGUUUCAGAGCCACCGAAAACUCAUCAAAUCAAAGUUUUUAAAAAAGAAAUAUUACCAGUAAACACAGAAAGAAUGCUAGGAUUAGAAAAAUCACCAUUUUCUAGAUCCCUAAUGGAAUAAUGGGUCCAGAAAAUGAUCUUCAGUGGAUAUUAAAACUAUUAAGUGAAAUAUUUUGUACUGAGAACUUUCCAGUGGCUUUAAAGCUGACCACCUCUGAGCCCUUUAAGCAAAUUUAACCUCUGUAAAAGUGGGACUAUCAGACAAUACCCACUCCUGAUAAAAUGUAGUAGGAAGUACACACCACCACCUGCAAAGCCUCACCGCCAAAACAAUGAACCGAAGAAAGCAAACCUUUAAAUCAAAUUCUUUAAAACAAGAAUUUGGGGACUAUCUGAACAAAGUAAAUGGUCCCGCAAGGAAGCAGCCAAGCAGACCCAGAAUGUGUAAAAGUCGACAAAACAAAUGACCUGAUUUCUUCAACUAAUGAGUGGUAUGAAAAAGAAAAGGGAAGGGCAACUGUUAAUAGAUUAAGAGAGACUUAAGAGACGUAGCAACUAAAUUCAGUACGUGGGCAUUUCUUGGAUCUAGUUUGAACAAAAUGUAAAAAGACAUUUUUGAGACACGGGAAAAUGUGGACACACACUGAGGAUUAGAUGAUAUUUAGAAAUACUCACUUUGUUAGGGAUAAUAUCAGUGUGGUUAUUUAAAAAUAAAACAUUCUAUGUGUUAGAGAUACUUACAUACUUAUGAAAUGGUAAGAUACCGAUUUGCAUUAAAAGACUCCAGCAAAAGAAAGAAUUGGCACAGAGAGUUGGGAAGUAGAUUAGUAAAAUGUUCAUUACUGAUGUGUAGUGGUUUGCUUUGGCGGGGAGGGGGGUCAUUCUAAUAUUUUCUAUUUUUUAAUGUAUUUGAACGUUUCAGUAAUAAGAUAUUUAAAAUCAAACCCGAAAUUUUUAGACUUAGAAAUGAUUGCUAAUGAAAUGCGUGCAUCUAAACUUGUGAGAUGUCACCAGAAUUCUGUUCAGUGAGAAAUUAAUCUCUUUUAAUGCAUUAAGGAAAUUUCAUUUGUGGGUCUAGUCUUCAUCAUCAUCACCUUAUCCACAGCAGUCAACGUAAGGCCUGUCACAUAAAUAAAUGUGUUAAGGGAAUGAGUAUUUAUGUCAGGAAAACCAGAAACGGAACAAAAUAAAGCUUAUACAAGAGAAGCUGAGCACAGCUAAAACUAGAAACCAAGGACUAAACAGUAGUAGAUUUAAUCCAAUGUUGCUAAUGGCUAGAUUCUGGAGGAUCUAAUCAAGAAAAAAUAAAAGAUACAUUUAGAAUAUUGGCAAAGGUGGCAUAGCUACAGACUAUCAAGAAAAUUGUCUUAAUUACAAGGUAAUACUACAUAUAUGUGCUAUAUGUAUUCUAGGACAUAAAAUAUACAGGGGUUACUUAUUUUUCUAUAGGAUUCUGACAGUUGCCUCAAAUAGACCAACAAGCAAAUGUGUGUAUAUGAACUCCCUGCUUAAGAAAAAAGUCUGAUAGUUGUACAGGUAAAAGCUUUAAGGAAUAAAUAAUCCUUCACAAAAUUCUGCCAAUUAAUUCUGCACAGUUAAAAUAAUCCUGAUACAAACCUAGAUGAAGAUCACUCCUAAGAAGUAAAGUUAUUUCCUUUAUGAAUAUUCUAUUCAUCUUAAUUCUAAGUAAGGGAUAUUUGAAUUUAUUACAAAAUCUGUCUUGACUCAGAUCCGUGUAUUGCCUUUCCCAAGUAUCAGAUAGCUCCAGAAGUCCACUGUCUUAACCCAACAUUCUCCAUAGGCUUGUUUUGGGAAAUACCUAGUCCGUGGUAUUUGCAGAAAAAAACGGCAUCUCUGGAAAAUGUUAAAUGCAGCAAACCAUAAAAAAUAUCUACCUUUGGGGAAACCCAAGUACCCAGUGUCAGUGUGUCAGAAGAUACAGUAAAGAGAUUUUUUUAUUUAACACAGGGCAUCUCAGAUUUCCCUCAUUGUGGAAUUCUCAUUCCCAGUAUCUUGUACCGUCUUUACAACGCGAACCACUUUGGUAGCUGCCUCCAUUACAACGAAUGCUUUCAAGGACAUCAUUUCAGACAUUCUGGUGAGUGAGUGUGUCGGGAGGAGGUAAGGAAGGGCACUUUUCUUUGCAGCUCACAUCAUAUUCUGAAAGCUUCCUGCUUGAAUUGAGGGCUUGUGCUUUUCUGUAGAACGUAAAAGAUUUUAGCUUGGUCCUUGAUAUGUAUAUAUUAAAUGUGCUUAGUCUGUUAAAUAGUGAUUAAGACAUUAACCAUUUUUCAUUAUAAUAAAAAUGCCAUAUUGAAUAUCA